AUGUCCGGCUCGAUGAGAAGAGCUCUACGUGGCAUGGGAAUCGCAGCAGCCGGCUUGUCCGUGGCUGGUGCAGCUCAGGCGGCCCACCUUAGGUGGAGGUAUUGUUGUCCAGGAGAACCACCUGGCGAGCGCCAUGGUCAUGUGGGUCGCAAUUUUCAAGGAAAACCUUUGAAGAUCCUUUUCGUGGGUGACUCCGUUGCUGUGGGCGUUGGUGCAAAGAUGGCAGCUCCAUUACAAGCUGCAUGUGCCGAGCGAUUGGCCAAGAUCCAGCGGCGGCCAGUAGAGUGGUGUACCAUUGCAGAGAAUGGCGCAGAUGUACGUGAGCUCCAUGCCUUGGUGGAUGAAGGCGAUCACAGCUUUGACAUCGCAGUAGUGCUGUGCGGCGUCAACGAUGGCAAGAAGUUCCUGCAAGGCCGGUGGCCCUCCCAUUUUCGGGAGGACUUGGCCGCAUUGUGUGGCACUUUGAGGAAAGCUGCCCCAGACAGUGUCAUUACAGUUCCACAACUUCUGGGUCACGUGGAAGCUCCAUUGUUUCAGCAGUGGCCCAUGUGCCAUUUGGUGGACGCACUGUUUGGCCAGUUUGAAGCACAAAAGACUGCGUUGGAAGCUGCCGGAACGGUACGGUCGCUUUCUUCGGACUCCAGACCUGUGCUUCAAGCGGAUGCGCGUUGGUGGUCUGUGGAUGGCAUUCAUCCCUCAGGGGAAGGCUACCGAAAAUUAGGUGAGUGGCAACUUGUCUGGAAAAUGGAAAAGCAGCGAAAGCACCAGGUUUUCCUGGCAGGGGCAGACUUUGUCGCAAAGAGUGGUUACCCUCUUACCUUCCACGCCGGAUGGGUUCUACGAUCAUGGCAGAUCCAUGAAGAUGGCGCAAGCUCGGCCAUUUCCUUCUGCCUCCGAAAGGAGGCGGAGAAGCCGAGCCUGGCAGACAAACAGCUGAGCAGCAAGGGGCUGGCUCAAAGCAAAGCCAAGACGGAGCGACUGCAGAAGCGCAUCAAGGAGGCACAGUCAUCCGGCCAGUCGGGAGUUGGUGAACUUCGCGAGCUCUUCGUCUGCAACUCUGUUCUCAUCCAGGAGGCGCUCUUGCUGGAAGACGAAGUGAAGGCAUCGUUUUGGUUCAACGCAUCUGGAGUUGCCACCGUGCUUUGGCUGGUAAUGACUUUGUGGACAUGGGUGCUGGUGUUUGGGUGGACUUUCGUACCGGGCGUUACUGCUUUUGACAAGGCUGCCGAGCACAAUGCAAACUACUGCGGGGCUUGGGCGACAGUCCUGGCCGCGCGAAUCACGGCGAUCCUGGCCGUUCUCUUUCUGAUCGUGAAUGUUCUGACAGUGGUGAAUUGGCUUGCUACGAUCCUCAUUACCUCUGACGCCUUUGCCCAGUCCAUGUUGAAGAAGGCCUGUGACAUCGACCGGCAGGCGUUGGGGUUUCCAGUCGCGCAGCUGCUGGUCAAGGCCUUGCUCCUCCGAGGACGUCGCGCGCUCAUUGCUGAAGUGAGGUCCAUCAUCUGGUUCACGGAUAGGAGGCACAAACUAUCCGAUCAUCACAUCCGCAUCAACUUGCCCGCAGCAAGCGGAGGAAAUGGCCAAACAAUUCAAUCGUUCCCCUUCCUCUGUUUGUUGUUCCUAAUCUUGUUCGAGAAAACGGCCAACCGUAGCGAGAAGUUGAAAUAUGUGCUGACCCGGGAAGAUCAUCCACCCAUGCUUCUGGAGAUCUUCUCUCCAACAUGCCCGGCAUGUGAAGCCUUCGCCCCACACAUGUCGGGUGCCGCGGAGCGAAUCAAGCAAGAAGCUCCUGGUAUCAAAGUGGUCGCUGUGGAUGGUACCCAGGCGGAGUCCAUCAUGAAGGAGCUGGGGACGCAAGAAUUCCCUUCUGUGUUCUUCCUGGGGAGUGACAAGUCAAAGGCUCGCAUGAACUACAAGGAGGCGAACUCUGCAGAUGCAAUCGUAAGCUGGACACUGAAGGUGUCUGCUCCGACGAUCCAGAACAUCAGUGCUGCUGAGCUGCCAAACUUGGACUCCAGCAAGCUCCCCUUUUUGGUGCUGCGAUCCUCCAACAUGGUGCCAGCCUUCGCGUCCCUAGCACAAGACUACAAACUAAAGUUUGAUGCUUUCUGGAUAAAGGUGGACACUUCGCCAGUCUCGCAGAUCAUGCAUGCUGGUCAAGACGCGCGCAAUUUCACUUGGACCGACCCUAAAGCAGACAGCCUUGAUGAUGACGGUGAGCUCUUUGAAGAUUUUGUCAAAGAGAACAUCUUUCCAGCGGUCAUCAUGCUUCCGGAUGUCAAGAAGGUGUCGAGCAUGCUUGAUGGAUUGGGGCCCGAUGCGCAGUUGCUGUGGCUGGUGUUGAAUUCGACCGAGGCUCAGCCGGAAAGCGACAGGUCUUGCGGUGAAGAGGCUACCUGCUCGGCCGGUCCUGCGGCUGCCGGCGAUCCGACGGAUGCUUUGCAGCGAGCAUAUGCGCCGCACAGGCGGAUGUUCCAACGAGCCGUCGCAGUGGCAAGGGAGAAGAAAGCGAAAGUCUAUGGCUUGUGCAUUGACAUUGCCAGAUGGCCGGAUUGGGUUGAGAGGGAGCUCUACGCGUGGACUGCUCCGGUUCUAGUUGCGCAGCGUUUCCGGCACGGCCCGCGGUACUUCUUCGCAGAUCAUGGCCUCCCAGCCAAUGCAAGGCAAUUGACGGAAUGGUUCAACGGUCUCCUAACGAGGAGCCCACGGCAGAUGUCCGAGCGCCCUGCACCGAGUUCCUCCGUCAAGCUUUGGAGAAAGUUUGUGAACCUUGGCUUGGAGGAUGCACUUCGCGCGGAGCCAGCAACUCUGUUGUACACCUUCAAGUCCCCAGAUUCUUUGUCGCAGGAGCAGGAGGUUAUCGACCACGAGGAUGAGAUGGAAGCAUUGGACACGCUUGCUGGCUGGCUCAAGGAGAAUUGCGAAAGGCCGCCGCUCCUAGGGGCUUUGGAUGUACGCCGAAACGAAGUGCCCCUGAGCCUCUAUGCUGCUGCAAGUAUUGGUGGCCUGACCGCCCCAAACUUGUAUUUCAUUGAGAGCGAUCAAGGCAAACCUUCCAUGGGAGUGAGGUGGGCGGGCGAGGUCAGUGAGCACCUAGAUCGAGCGUCACGGAUACCCGACGAUCCGAUUGGGCAGCGAGAGGGUGUCCUCACAAAGGGCUUGCGGGGCAUCAUCCAGUGGGUUCUGGCAAAGGCAAGGCCGCUGCCCUCGCUGAAGUUGCCAAGUAAUCCAGACUUGUCAAAGUUCAGUGCUUCGACCUCUUCUAGUCAAGUCGUGGACUUGGAGUCGGAGGCAGCGCUGCAGGAUUUGCUGCAGAAGAACUUGACAGGUUUCGUUGAGUUCUUCUCGCCUUCGUGCGGGGCAUGCAAGAAGUUUGCACCAGUCUACGAGUCAGCGGCCAGAAAGGCACAGGCAAACAUCGGGAAGCACGCUUUCGCGAGGAUCGAUUGCUCAACCACUCUAGGCGAACAGAGCUGCAACAGGCACGGUAUUGAAGCUUAUCCCUCUGUCUUCUACAUGCACGGCGGGCAGAUGGACAAGUAUCCAGGUGGGUCAAAGCGGAAGGAGCUACUGGACUACCUUGCAACCAUGACGGAGCCUGCUGUGAUUGAUGUCGCCAGUGAGGAGGAAGCAUGGGCACUUGUAAAGUCCAAGCAGAUGCCAGUACUCUUAUGGCGGGGCGGCGAGACAGUCAACUAUACCAACGUGCAAGCAGCUGCACUGGACUGGAGGCGACAUGCAAGGCUUAGCAAGCUCCAGACUCCAAACGACGACAACGGCAGCCUGAUGCUGUUGUGGCCUGGCACAGCAAAGAAGGUGUCGAGGUAUCUCCCGCACGAGUCGGAUGAACCGUACUCAAGCGAUUCGGUAGCCAUCUGGCUUGCAGAGGAGUUCGUCAAGUCCGAGCCUGCACCAAGUACCCAGUCCUGGCCCGUGAAGACUGUUGUUGGCACCACUUUUCGGGAGAUGGUUUUUGAUCCCCUGGAUAAGGGCCAGCAUGUCAUGCUGGAGGUUUACGCCCCAUGGUGUGGUCACUGCAAGAAGCUUGCGCCGGAGUAUGAGAAGUUUGCGCGGAAGAUGGCAGAGGAGGGGAGGGAGAUUGUGGUUGCGAAGCUGAACGGCGAUGCGAACGGGAUUCCGUAUGGCGGCUUUGAGUACACAGGCUACCCUACGAUCUUCUACUUGGCACCUGGCUCAUCCGGCAUUGUCAAGGUUUCGGAAAGAACUGCUGCGGAUUUGAUAACGUUUGUUCGCAAGAACAAAGUGCCCUCACUCGCCAAAGCCGCAUCUCACAAAGAGGACAGGAAGAGUCCCGACAGUCUUCUCGAGCAGUUCCAAUCGGAGGACAUCCCUGUGCCACAAACAUCUCCGGUGCUGACCGUGGUGCUGAAGAACUUCAUUCAGACGGUUUUCAGCGACAACCGCAAGUGUAUCCUAAUGGUGUAUGCCAAGGGUUGUCCACAUUGCCAGAAUAUGCUGCCCCAGUUCGAGUCGUUCGCCUCGGAUCUUGGUCACAGGGAGGACAUGACCGUUGCCAAGAUGGACGGUCAGAAGAAUGACUUGCCGUUUAGUGGAUUCGAUGUGAAGGGAUACCCGACCCUCUUCUUCAUUGACGCUGGGCAGAAG